GAUUUCUGGCGGCAUCUCCAGAAACACACCCUCUUCUUUUCACAAUCUUCAACUGAAAAAGACGAUUGAAGACUAUCCAUAAAAGACCAUCGGCAGCGACAUCUCAUCGGCAAACUAAUCCCUCUUCUUCGCUGACGGCAUCUCCAGCUCCGGCGAAGGCCCACUUUCAGAGCCAAUAUCAAGGCUCAUCCCCACUCUGCCGGCGACAUCUCAUCCCCGUUCCUGCAACAGCAUCUCCAACAAGGGUGAAGACUCCUUAAGUAUUUCCAGAGGUAUGCUGGUUUUGCUGAAGGUGAAACUAAGUGAAAAAUGCUCCAGAAUGUUCCACAUCAGAUUGUGCAAUCUCCGGCUCGGCUAGGCUUACCAAAUCCAAAUUCACCUUCUCUUCAAAACGCUACUCCGGCUAAGUUUGCCUCCCAAGCCCAGCAAUCUCAUCCACCCAAUCAACAGUCAAAUGCAUCAAGCAUUAUUCCAACUUCUUCAACACUUCUUCCUCUCCUUCCCCCUCUGCCAAGAGCUCAGUCUAUUCUUCUGCAAAUGUCCUUACUUGCCUCAAGACUCUUUGAUGUCUCACCUAAUAGGUCGCAUUGGAUUAGCGCAUUUCGAGGUUCCCUGCCCUCCUUCUUGUCUUCCCAAUCCCAACCUUUGACAUCAACUGCACCAGAUUCUUAUCCUUCUUCCUCCAAAGAAAUUCUCGCUCUUUUCACAAACCUUCAAACUCAGCUAUUUGAAGCUGUUGCAGAGCUCCAAGAAAUUCUUGAUCUUCAAGAUGGAAAACAGAAACUCUCGCAUGAAAUCAGGUCAAAAGAUGCUGCAAUUCUUGCACUUGCAAGCAAGCUCAAAGAAGCUGAGCAGGUUCUUGACAACCUUGUGGAUGAUUACUCGGAUUAUCGCCGUUCAAAACGGUCCAAGUCAGAAGAUGUUGCAGAAGAUUCUUCAACCACCACUGUGGCAUCUCAGCUGAAGCUUUCUGAUAUAUUGUCAUAUGCCCAUAGGAUAAGCUACACUACUUUUGCACCACCAGAAUUUGGUGCUGGACAGGCUCCUCUCCGUGGGGCACUCCCACCUGCUCCACAGGAGGAGCAAAUGCGGGCAUCCCAACUGUACGCUUUUGCUGAUCUCAAUGUUGGUUUACCAAAAACAGAUGAGGAUAAGAAGAAAACUAUUGAGCCAUUGAUCGAAACUCCUGUUGGGCAACCAGCAGAGCCAAAUCCACUUGCCAAUCUUGCUGGAAUGCAGGGUCUGCUUCCACCUAAUAUUUCUGUGCCAUCAGGAUGGAAACCUGGAAUGCCCGUGGAGUUGCCCAGUGAUCUACCAAUUCUUCCUCCACCUGGUUGGAAACCUGGUGAUCCAGUGGCACUGCCCCCAUUGGAUUCUCUUCCUGUACCUCCUAGAAUUGAAGAGCAACAACCUCAGCAUAUCCCCCCUCCGAUGCUUACAAAGGCACCCGAGCCUAUACAAGUUCGGCAUGUGCAGCUUGACAUUGACGAUGACAGUAGUGAUUAUAGCAGUGAUGUUGGUAGCUCUGACAGUGAAGAUUAGUCCUUAACUCCAAUGCUUUUAUGUCAUUGUAAAUUCUGAAAUGCUGCGUAGAACAUCUUUCAAAGAGGAUUGAAGUUGCUAUCUCUAGCCUGUACUUUCUGCUGAUGAAAUUGAAGUUUUACUAGAAUUCUGCAAUUCCUCAAAGGUUGUCUAACUGUGUUUGCAUACCUAGAAUAUCCUUUCAAGUUGCUGAACAUUUCUCGCAAUCCGUUCAAGUACUGGUUUUGAUUGUAAGGUUAUUGGAAGCCUG